GUGAGUGUACCGACAGACGUUGAGGUAAUCGAAGUGUUCAUAUUUCAAUGCUAUGCGAUAGCUUGUUGAUUAGAAUCAGGGGUUCGCUAUUCACACGUCAUAUACUGCCUUGGCAAUUCUACGCAGGAAACUAUAAAGGCAAAACGCAUCACUUCAAAUUAGUAGAAACGCUAUGUAGCCAUGUCAUUUAACAUGUAAAAGACGCUUUCUGAUUUGAUAAGAGCUUUUUAAGUAAAUCUACUAACUAGAAUCCUGUAUGAUAAAAUGAUCUUUAAGUUUGUCGGGAAUUGGCUAAAGAGAACCUGGGGACGCGGAAGAUUGUUCUUUCCAAGGAUGAGUUGGGAGAAGCUACAAGCGUUUAUAAUAACUGUACUUUGUCUCCUUCAGUGUGGAAAAUGCACGGCGGAAUGUGGCGAAAAUCCUCUAUCGACAGUAAUGGCUUUGGCUAAAGGAACAGGUCUAUUCAAAGCAAAAGGAGCUUCCACAAUGCUAAAUGGCAGGAGUGUUCGACUUUUGUUAAAUGUACUGAAGCAGGUGGACAAAGGCGCAUACCAUGCCCUAGAGAAAAACUUCAAGAGAUACGCAGCUUGUAACGGCGUCGGCGACACUGGAAUGUGGAAACGCAGUCAGCGCACCGAUGAUAUCAAUAUUCCUACGCCAGAGAAAAUAGUGCUUUCGGACUUGAACGAUAUAUUCAAACAAUAUGACACUAGGGCAGUGUCUGAUUUUAGCAUUGAUCCAAGUGCAGUGACGAAAUCCCUCAGUAGAGAUUCGAGCAUUUGGAAAGUUAUUCUAAAUUAUCUACAAAACAAAAAAUCGCAAAACAGUUUCAAAAAUGCACUUCUAAAAAGACAAGGCAUGAAGGAUGAAAGUUUACCACUCAAGAGAAUUCAAUGGCUUGAUGCUGAGUCUUACUAAUCUGAUAGCUAAAUACUAAUACUCUUGUACUUUUUGUUAAUGUUGAUCAUGAUGAAAACAUUCUAGGCUUAAUUUAUGCUUCAGCUACACAUAUACCAAGGGUGUAUUGGUUGACAAUUUGAGUGGCAUUCAAUAUAUUGACAAAAUG